GUGUGUGUGUGUCUGUGUCUGCGGUGUGUGUGUGUCUGUGUGGGUCGAGCAUCAUCAGUGCCAGGCUAGAGAAGUGAGUGCUUGUGGCUCUGUGUCUGUGUGUGUGUGUGUGUGUGUGUGUGUGUGUGUGUGUGUGUGUGUGUGUGUGUGUGUGUGUGUGUGUGUGUCUGUGUGUGAGCGUGCGUGCGUGCGUGCGUGCGUGCGUGUGUGUGUGCGCGCGUGUGUGUGUGUGUGUGUGUGUGUGUGUGUGUGUGUGUGUGUGCGCGUGUGUGUGUGUGUGUGAGUGCCUGUGUGGGUCAAGCAUCAUCCGUGCCACGACGGACACAACUGCGGCCGGUUCAGUGUAUCGUUGUGAUUGUGUUAUUGUCCCUGUAUUGUGUAAAAUGCACGAAUGUUGUACAGCUUGUUGUGUUGCAUUUUUGCAUUGCCUCUGAGUACAGUCGAUACAGAAACGCUGAGUUCUGUACACUGAUUACAAUUGUAGAGUACAAUAAUGUAUGAAAAUCAUUUAGUUUUUUUACAGCUGCCAUUUGCUCCAAACGUGUUUCUAUUCAUUAUAUUUAAAUCUGUUUUCUGAUAGUCACCGCUAAGUCUUAUGUGUUUUAUGUGUGUGUUAUGUGUGUAGCAUUUAGAGAUCGCCCCUUGAGUCAAGGUUGAAUGUGACCUCGCAACCUCAGAAUCUCUCUGGGUAGUUUGAAUCUACUGUCAAAUACAAUAAUCUGUUUAAUUAUAUUCCAGAAAGUCAUCCUCCCUUUCUUGUAUGUUUUACUAAAUGUUGAGAUGUAUUAUUUUAUAAACCUGUCACGCUCAACGCUUAUGACAAUGACCCAAAGAACCAAUUAAAGUUGUAAAUGCUAAUUCACAUUGUUCACAGGUGGACUAGCUUUAAGCGAUAAAUCCCAUGCAGGUCUUUGUUAUAAUGGGAAACAUGUAGGACAAAAAACUAUUGAAAAUACAAAAUAAUUAAAAUGACCAUGUAAAACAGUAAUCUGGGUUCAUCACAUUGAAGAUCCUAUUGAAUACAGCUUGUCCUAUUUAUAUUGUUGCAACUAUAAUGUGUAUAUAUGUUAGGCGGGGUAAAAUAGAACAAUAUUUUACACAUAAAAAGGAGGAACAUAAAACUAAUCAGGGCAAGAAUUAGUAUUUCGGGGAUGCUCAAAAUAUAUGUUUGCUAUUGAUGCCCGGUAACACUAAGUUUCACCUUAAAUACAAUUGUUCCAUUCCAUUGUCUAAUUUAAUACAAUUUGAUUACUUUCGCUGCGGGACUGAAAGAGACCAUGAAAGUUUACCAAUACAGGGACAUCCUUGGAUCAGUUACAGGAACUAUGAUUGUACUGUACAGUUGUAUGUCUAUCGUGACAUGACGUCAGGCGUACAUUACAUUAUUAGGAAUUUUUGAAGGAAGACAAUUAUUGUGUAAUGUAAACUUCCACUUAUUCUUACUUAAUCGGUAAAGUGGUAAAGAAACCGAUCGCUGUUCUUGGAAGCCCGAAUAAUUCAUGUGGAGGGUUGUACUUGGUGGCAGCGAGGGGGGACGGGUCUUGGGGAGUAGCCAGACCGCUCUCACAGACUGACUCACGCACACAGCCUCGCAUGGGUCACCGGCAGCAGCAGUCAGACCAGUGUGCUACAGCUAGCUAGUGGGACUAGCAUCCGCCGCUUAACUUGGACCACAAGAGACUCUGUUGUUGUUCUUUGGCGAUUUGUGGAGAACACCCGGAAACGAAGUUAGAUAUGUAUCGUGUGGACUUCUGCGUUUUAAAUGCUUUUAAUUAGGGCGAAACAAAAACACACUUGAGUUAAGUUUUGCUAAACUUGGCGGGGGCAGUGAUUCAGUCUAUUGGUUGGAGGAGCGACAGCAGAUACCCUCCGAACGAGAGGGGCACGCGAACAAAGCCGUGAUGUCGGAGGACAGCGGGCGCCCUGCGUCCACGUCGUCCGUCUCCUCCAUCUCCCUGCUGGAGAUCAAGGGGGAGACGCGCCUGGUGCUCAAGGCCUUCCUGCGCAAGUCCCUGGACCUGCCCCUGGCCGAGCGGCCGGGCCGGGUGGGGGGCGCCUACAAGGACAACAGCCAAUACAGCUCUCAAUUUAACCGACGGACGGACGAUGAGGCCAGCUCCGGCGAUGAGAGGAAGAAAGGCUUGAAGAGCCUCAUCCGGCGCACCAUGCGGCGGCCCCCCAAAGACCCCGCCCCCGGGAACAAGGACCCCAACGGCUCCCUGGAGAAGGACGCGCGGCCCAAGGCUGCCCCCGGCCUCGCCGUGAACCGCCUCCGAGAGGUAGACGAGCCCUUCUCCCCGUCCUCCACGUCGGAGGAGGACAACGGGGAGCCCCGGCUGCACAAGAAGACCAAGAAGACCAAGAAGCUGAAGAAGCAGUUCUCUGAUCUGUUCCGCCGCAAGAACCCCAAGGACUCUCCGGAGAAGACGGAGCCCCGGCCCCCGCGGCCCACCAAGCUGGCCCUCAACAUCGGGCUGAAGGCCCCGGACCUCAUCGACUCCCCCAACCACCCUCCUGAGUUCUACGAGGACGUAGCAGAGAGACUGGAAAGGAUUGCCAAGCGGUCCAACACCACUAAGAGGAUAGCUAGUCCGGUCGAAGCUCCAGCCGCCCUCGUGACCAUCUCAUCCACUGCCCAACCCACUGAACCUGUUUUAACUAAGGACGAGGUGGUGAAUCAGCUCAUCACUGUUCUCUCCAUGGAAGCAGAUGCCAUCACCUCAAAGAUCGAGUCGGACCCCUUCCUUCGCUCCAAGCUGACGCGCCUCUCGUACCCCUCCUUCGCCAAGCUCCUGGACGCCUUCAGCAACAUCGAGGCGCAGCCCGCCGUCCCGCCGCGGCCGGCGCCGCCCCCCGGCGCCAGCCCCACCCUGCGCCGCGUGGCGGUCACCAUGGAGGUGUCGCGCCGCGUGGUCACGGCCACCGGCGCCCAGCGCAUGCAGGGCUACGCCGAGCGCUACAUGGAGACCUUCGCUCCCUGGCUGAGGAGCCACGGCGGAUGGGAGAACAUUGUCCAUUUAGAGGAGGCUUCUGAGUUUGACUGAGAGGUCAGAGGAAACCUUCCCUAGUGGCCAACAGGGGUACGACCACUUCCUGAAAAGCCAAACCGUUUAUCUCCCACCUGCUGGGAGAGAAGACGGCCCCGAGAGCAGCCAUCUUUAGGUGCGGGGCAUUGAAGAACGAAGGCUUCCUCGUUGAAGACGACAUUGCAAUGGUUUUGAAAGCAUAAAAAACGUGAAUACAUGAAUGAAUGUAUCAUGAAUCAGUUUGGAACAUCCAGAAAGUCCUAAUUUUGGGGUUUGGAUUGAGCCCAGGUCAGUAGCCUCUAGGAGGUCGUUGCUUUUUAUAUGACACGUCUUUACAAGAACUGAACAAAGAACGUUUCUUAAUGAGGGGUGGUACUGUUUACCAUUGUAGGACCAAUCAGUGCGAGGAUGUGAUCUCAUCCAGGAACACACGAUGCAGUCUGGUUGUUCUGGGCCCUCAGUCAAACCCCCCCUGAAACGGUUGAGAAUACCGUGUCUUAACAAGCCUUUUUAAAUUAGUGACGUGGAAAAUAAUGAACUGCGUGCACAUCUUGCAGGCACAACCUUUUCUUUUUACUUUUAAAUAAAUAUUUUAUAAUGCCAACACUAAUGGCACAAAAGAAUGUUUUUAAGCCAUUGUCAACACACUCGCGGCUAGCAGUCGCCAGGCCGGACAUUCUGAGCUCCGUGAACUAUGCACAUUUUAAUUUAUAGUAAGCACAGACAAUGUCUCGACUCAAUGCUCUAUUUAUUGAUUUAAGAAUGUUUUGCAUGUUUUGUACGAUUUAGUUUUUUUUUUAAACAUUUUCUAAUAAAACAUUUUUUACAAAAAGUUA